AUGCUGGAAGUGGAGAAGAAAGGAAACGAUGUACAGAUGGCUUCUGAGGACAAAAACAGAAAGACAGAUGUAGAUAAACAAGAAUCGACGUCUGGAGAUGAAARUAAAAGCAGAUCGCUGUACAGUUUGGUGAUACCGUGGAAACCCAGCAAUGGCGACCUCACCGGGACACACAUCGUUUAUCUCGUAGUACUUUUAUUUUGUGUAACCUCAGCUAGUCUUCUAUCGAUACCUGUUAUAGAAAACAUACUAGKGGACAAAUCCUUUGUAUGUAAUGAUGGAAAAGCAGAUUGCCUUGUGAAGUUGUCGCAUCUUGUAACAUUCAGGAUUGGUAUCGGAUCUGCGGAUUUCUUCUUUAUCAUGAUGGUCGUGCUAUUCAAGGCUGGCUUAACAUCAUGUCGUAGUGGCCUCCACACUGGAGUAUGGAUUCCAAAGAGUAUUUUAUUCAUUCUUAUUGGAUAUAUUAUGUAUAUGGUGCCACACAACAUCAUAGAUACGAUCUGGGGAUAUCAGGUUAUUGCUGCGUGGUUCAUCUUCUCUAUCAUCCAACUUGCCUUCCUAGUCGACUUUUCGCGCGCAUUUAGUAAAGUUCUCAGACUUCAAAACUCAUCAGAAAACCCCAGUUUUAUCCUACUCAAAGUAUUUACAGCRUCUUUGAUUGCUCUUCUCUUCUCCGUGGUGGGAUUAAUUUAUAUUCUCUUUGGAUUCAAARACAAUUGUAGAACAAAUUGGAUCCUGACAACUAUAAAUGUCAUUAUUUGUAUCACCCUAUUUGUGAUUUCAUUCGUUAUAUCCAAGAACAAAGGAACAUCAAAUAUUUACCAAAGCCUUGCCCAGACAGGUCUAGUUGCUGGAUAUGUAUUGUUCCUGACGUACUCGGCUGUGUCCCACGAGCAUAGUCUGUGCACUCCUGAUAUCUUUCGRUUUUUCGAUAGUGCAUCAAGACUUGGCCAGUACAUUCAUUCACUGAUUGGAACACUUGUGACGUGCAUGUUGCUAAGUUACGUUACAUUAAGGAGCAGUGAGCCCAAUCAUUUUAAGUUCAACAGAAUAAYUAUAACAAACCAAUUAGAGAGUGACCCACAACUGGACGAUUUAGAAAAACCAAAAGAGUUGUACAGUUUUUCAUUCUUUCACUUUGUUUUGAUGUUGGCUUCUCUUCAUGCAAGUUCGACGUUCAUCGCUCCACAUGAAGUUGAUACCGUUACUAAGGCAACAAUGUCCUGGAUAUUUCUCGUUGCUAAGAGCCUCGCGAGUGUUCUGGUCGCGUUGAUUUACUUAUGGAUUCUUGUAGCUCCGACAGUGUACCCCGAAGAAAACACCRCCGAAUUUUUCACUCUUUUAAAAUCGCUUUUCAAAUUCAUCGGGAAAUCUUUGUAUACGCUUUUCUUCAACGGGUGCUCGGGAAUCAACCGAUCGAUAUCCACUCGCUUCAUCUACACAUUUUUCUUCAUCUGUGGAACAAUAACAUGUACCUUAAUGUACCUCCCUGGAGUCAGGCAUUCUUUACAAACGAACUCAUUCUUCUGUAAGAAGAUCAGCAAGCUAGGUAACUGCAUGAGUCAUGAUCCAGGAUACCUUGCUGUCUACCGAAUCUGCUUCUCCAUGGCAACAUUCUACCUGUUGUUCGCUAUUGUACUAUACGCCGUUAGGACGUACGCUGACCCGCGAGCUAUGAUUCACAACGGCUUAUGGUUCGUUAAGUUUGUUUUAUUUUUCGGUCUACUCGUUUGUACUUUCUUCAUUCCACUCGAGUUCAGCCGGGUGUGGACCUACACUUGUCCUAUAGGAACGUUCUUCUUUAUUGUUGUCCAAAUGAUCCUUACUGUAGACUUCACACGUUUCCUAAACACUGUUAUGUCGAAUAGAUUCGAAGCCACUGGUAACAAGGUGUGGUUUAGAUCCAUACUCGUAGCUACUAUCAGUCUAUACGUCGUUUCCUUUGUCUCUGUCGUGUGCUUCUAUAUCUAUUUUGUUGGAGAUGCAGGACAUUGUAAAACGAAUAAAACUUUCAUCACCAUGAACUUUAUUCUUUGUGGUAUCGCUUCGGUAAUAUCAAUCCACCCGGUUAUUACAGACACUGGUUUGUUCCAAGCAGCUGCUGUCACCUUUUUCACCAUGUACCUGACUCUCUCAGGCCUGUCAUACAACCCUAAUGAAAGAUGUAAUCCACUGGCUUCAUAUGUUUCCGAAGUUGACAUGCGACCAAGUAUCAACGUGCAGGCAAUCAUAGAUCUGGUUCUCACUGUAUUAUUACUGGUAUAUUUUACCCUUCGAAUCGUUCCUAUAUCAAGCAAUCUCCGUAAGAUAGCAGUUAUGUCUUUACAUCUUAUAUGUGGACAAAGAGGACAGUUAAAAACGAAUGACUCGGAGAAAAAUGACGAAAUGAAACCACAGGCUUCCCAUAACAGGAAUGCAGAUGACGAGAGAUUUUCGGAGAAUGAAGCAGGUGAUCCUGUGCCUUACAGUUAUUCCUUCUACCACUUCGUCUAUUUCUUAGCCAGUCUUCACGUUACCAUGGUGCUAACGAAUUGGUACACUCCCAAGAAUGGCACGCAGUUCAAGCUGUAUAUUAACUGGGCUGCAAUGUGUAUUAAGAUGACUGCCAGUUCCUUGUGUAUUUUAUUGUACAUCUGGAGUCUUGUGGUACCAAUAUUAGCAUCCCAUAAAUCCGAGCCUACAACAAACGAGACAUAACAACACAACUACGUCUUGCUUUGAAAUAGCAUACACUUGGCUACCACGCAUUUCACGAAUACCGCGCGAGAGAGAUGGGACUCUAAUACACGUAUCCCAAACUAUCUAAUAUUUUACGAAAUUUGUAACAACAUAUAACAAAGUUUUACGUUUAAUUUUUGGCGGGAAAUGAUGUUUCACUAUUUUGCAGUCCCUUUAGUCCCAUCCCUUAGCGGUAAUGACCAGAGGCAAUGUCCCAAGUUGCUAUAGAAUUCAAUAUUCAAAUAUUAACAAUAAACAAAGAAUCCGUAACCAGUGAUGAUUGAUAACUGGAAUCCAUUACCAGUAUUUUGGUAAGAGGUAUUGGAAUUCUUUCCACAAAUGGAGAUGGAACUCAAUAAAACAACUUGAUACUGAUUGGACAAGAGGAGUACAAUUAAAUCCCAAAUUGUACUCUGUAGA